AUGGAUCUUUCACUUGCUACCUAUGUGAAUGCUGCCAAAAGAAGUAUUUUGUUGGCUUGUGCUCCUCUAAGUGUAUCUCCUAUUUUAAAUUCGAUGGAGAAGUAUUGUGGUCGUCCGGUGAAUGUUUUUUACUGGCCAAACAAAGAUCGUAAGGGGACUCUGCUUGUGGAAGUAGAGUCUGCUGCGCAACUGAAACAAUGUCUGAACAACCUGUCAGAGUUUUCGCGGAUAAUCCACAAUUUCCCUGCAAAAGAACACUCUAUAGUUCGACGUUUGAAGCUUAACACGUUUCGACUGUGCUCGGACCCUUCAUGCUGGCGGGUUUCUCGUCCACCACUGCUGGCAACAAACCUGUAUCCACCAAAUGUAGAUGUACAGAAACCACUUGUCGACACAAGGGGACUUAAAACUCGCCUACAAUCUUGUGAUUCCAUCGAUGACCAAGCUUCCAUAUUGUUCAACACAAACUGUCUUACCUAUCCUGAACUGCUAUCUCGGUUCACCGUGUGUGACAGUAUCCAGGACGUACUUUCACAGAUCCACCUGGAUACACAAGUAUCUGUUUUUGGUUCUGUUGUGGAUGGCCUGGGUUCGGCUACUUCCGACCUCGAUCUUGUAAUUCGCCUUGGUUCAGAUGUCAACCCAGAACUAGUUGAUAUAAUAGACCGCACAAGCCUCAAGCACAACGGUCCUCCGAAUACCGGCGUUUCAAUCAUACCAGCUCUACUCGCACCCCCACAAGCUAAACACCUGUUUCUAUCCGCGCUGCGAAAUCUCUUGGUACGACUAGACCCUCUGGGCUUCACAGGUGCCAAAGUGUACAGAGGUCGAGUCCCUAUUCUCCACUUGAAAAAAUACAAUCUCCUUGGUGUGGGAAUCGAUAUUUCUCGUGUAUCAAACACUUCCUCACAGUCUAAAAAAAUCCACUUUCAUGAUGGUAUUCACUUGACUCAGCUACUGCGAGCAGUUAACUGUUGUGUUCCCGGCUUUGCCAAAUGCAUUGCCGUGCUGAAAUUCAUUUCAAGACGAACAGAACUGACGCGCGAGGGUCCCAGCCCGGGUUUCACCAAUUUCAAAUUAACUAUGUUGUUUGUUCACUUUUUGCAAGCUUAUGGCUAUGCACCCCCGCUCAAGCUUCUCCACCACAUUGCCUCUGAUCCUUCUCACGGUCUUUCGUCCAAUCCGAUGUUAACCGACUUGAUCAGUCUCCCAUCCGUGGACACACUGCUCCGACAAUUUUUCGCCUACAUCACUACUUUGCACCCUUCUCACGUCGUUUUGGAUCUUUGCACCGGCCGUGCUAUCCCUCGCGAUCUGGCUACAUCGAGUGUUCCUGCAAGUCUCAAACUCCCUCGUUUUCUGGAUGACGUUGAGACGAGUGAAAACGAGCCGAAAGUUUGUGAUUCCGGUUACGUUCUAUGCCCAAAUCCAAUCCAUCCUAAUCAAAAUAUUCUACAUGGUGUGGAUGAAACCGACUGGUCCAAUCUUGUCGAACUGUGUCACCAAUGGACGCAAGCCCUUGAGUACAACCGAUGCCCUUUACCUGAUUCAACAAGAUCCGAUUGGGGAUUGUUGGCCCUUCGUAAACCCGACUCUGAUUCUGAUACUAGCAUAUCUGCUUGCCAUUCUAUCAGAUGCUGAGUACCGGAAAGAAUGGACAAAGCAUUUGGAAGAAAAAGUUUAAGGAUG